GCAACAUAAUGUGGCACCAUCAGCAACAGCAGCAGCAGCAGCAGUAGCGCAGGCAGGAAAUUUGAAAAGCGCGUCGAGGCAUGGGAAACUGCAAAAAUGUGAGAUCAACUUGGAAGUGCUUCUGUGUGUGUGUGGCCUGCGGCAAUGACUUUUAACGAGAGCAUUUAAAACAAUACGAAAAGCUUUAACGUAACGGGCUAAGGAAAUUGCAAGCUGUUAGCAGCAGCAGCAGCAAUAACAAUAAGUGAAAGAAGAAGAAGCGCCAGGGCAACAGCUGUUGGCACAGCGCGUUUGGCACGUGACGCGGCGCUAAUAGACGACCCCGUUUUGUAACGGUAAUUGGUGGCACACACGUGAGCGCACAUCGAAUCAUUCACACACACACACACGGCCAUCCAGCUAGCUGGCCAGGUGUCAAAAUGGCCGUUAGCAACAUUGUUUGCGAAUGGCUGCGCGCCCUCGGGCUGGCGCAAUACGCGGAAAGCUUCCUGGACAAUGGCUACGAUGACUUGGAGAUUUGCAAACAAGUCGGCGAUCCCGAUCUGGAUGCCAUCGGCGUCGAUAAUCCAGCCCAUCGACACAAGCUGCUCAAGAGCAUACGCUCGCUGCGCGAAAAGGGAGCUGCCUCAGUCUAUUUCAUGCUCAACGAUCCAAAUUCACUCUCGGGCAGCAUGGAGAUCCUGUGCGAGACGCCGCCCAGCAACGAACUGGAAAUGGUGCUGGCCGAACAGCUGGAGACGGACGGAGUGCGUCUGACAGCGCAUCCAUAUUCAACACCGGAUGGACAACGCGGCCAUUUAGAGGGUCUUGCAUCCGUCUAUUGUGAAUUGUUAAUGGCUCCCUUUGGGGAUAUUUUAAGUGCUUUAGAAAAUGCUAGACAAGCAGCAUGGGCGGAGCGCAGUCCGCUCCAUCCCGCCGGCGGCAGCAGCGGCGGCGCCAGCGGCAGCGGUGGCAGCGGCCUCAGCGGCAGCGCCGGCGGCAGCGGCAGCGCUACCGUCGGCGGCAUGCAACAUCGCCAGCAGCACGGCCAUCGCGGUCACUCAGCGCACGGCGCCGGCCUGCCAAAUAGUCAUAGUCAGCCCAUUUAUGUGCCAGGAAAGUACUCGCCCUCCAGCUGCUUGUCGGACAAGGAGGAGGACGAGAUCUACGGCUUUGGCUAUGGCGUCUUUGCGCCGCGAGUGGCACGCGGCGGCUUGACACAGCAGCAGCAGCUGUUGCAGCAGCAGACACUGCAAACGCAGCACAGCAUACAGCAGCAACAGUUGCAGCACCAGCACCAGCAGCAACAACUACCAAUUGUGCCAGGCCAACAGGCGGCUGGACAGCCCGGCGUUGGACCACAACAGCAUCAGACACUCCCGCCAAACGCAGCGCACCUGAACUUUGUGCAGCAAAACUGCCUGAGUCCACGUUCCGCAUACUUCUACGAGUUCCCACCGACUGCAGAGGGACGCGAGACAAAGAAGCGCACGACUCUGGCGCGGCUGCUGAAAGGCUUGAAAACUGUCAAUCGAAGGGAUCGCAACAAUCAACAAAAUGGCGCACAAGCCAGGGCGGCCAACGAUCGUCUGAGACACUUCCAGAUGAUAAACGGCGGAGCGGGCGCGCCGCAGCAGAGCUUCGAGGAGACAAUCCACAGGCUAAAAGUCCAAGAGGCCAUGCGCAAGAAGGAGAAGUUUCAACGUGAGCACGAAGAGAUCUUGCGGGACAUACGGCAGGGCCUGCUGCAGAUGAGUCGAGGCGAGGGGCGAGCGGUCUAUCCCUUUGCAGAUGAUACGUACAUGUACGACGAGGCGCUGCGCAACGGCCCCGGCACCGUUGGCCAGGGUGGUGCGCAUUAUGCGGUCAGUGCGCUGCACCACCAAGGUCACUGGUACGACGAGCCGCCCUACGAGAGCGAUCCCGAUGAUUUUCUUAUGGCCGGACUUAAUUGUGGACCAGCUGCUACCAUACAGGGUGGCCGCGUGCGCUUCUCAAACAACCGCGAGAGCACGGGCGUAAUUUCAUUAAGAUCCGCCGGAGAUAUUUCACUGCCGCAACGCGGACCGCCGCGUCGAGGGCUUAUCGUGCCACAGCAGCCGCCAAAUCCGCCGACAAUAAUACCGUUAACGCAUGCCAGAUCGCACGAUCGUGAGAGCGGCGACUAUGCUGGCUCCAUUUCGGAUUUACAAAGCGUUACCUCCAGACUGAGCACCGUUUCGAUUGGCACCAACAAUUGCACCGCCAGAUACCGGACGCUGAGUGGAGGCGUCGGCGAGUCGCCGUCGCUGUCCCCGAGCCCCUCCUCCGACUACGAGGACAUCGGCGCCACAAGGCACGGACUGCCGCCCAGUUUUGCAGCCAAGGCCAAAAAGAACGGGCUGCCGCACAAGGCGAAUACGAUUUGCCAGAAGGCCAUGGUGCAUCACUCGGGCGAAAUGCGUAGCUCGCCAAAGGAAAUUGGCGCAUUUAAUGAGAAUGGACGAAACUUUGUUGCCACAAAGGAUACAUCAAGGGAUUUCAGCAAUUCCCAAGAUAAUACCGACCGUGGCAGCAUGAGCGAUCAGGCGUUUGCAUGUUCCGCCAGCUCCGUUGAAAGUUUGCCCAGUGCAUCCGGUUCGAGCACUCAAGCUCUAGUGCGUCCCGGCAGCCCACACAGCUCCAUUUCAGCCGAGGAUCGCGCCUCCCUGGCGUCCAUUUGCAAGGCCAAGGCACUUGUCGACAGUCUGCCCAAUCCCUACGACAAGGAGGCACUCAAAUUUAAGAAGGGCGACCUGAUCGAUGUGCUGUCCAUGAAUGCGUCGGGCAUUUGGAAGGGUCGCUGCCAUGGCCGCGUGGGCCACUUCAAGUUCAUCAACGUGGAGGUGCUGCCCGAGCAGCGCAUGAAGAACUCGAGCAGCAAGACCCUGGCGCCCGCCUCUCGACUGGCCAACAGCAACAACGGCAGCGGCAACGCGGGACCCAGCACGGUGGAGGAUCUGCUGAUACGCAUCGGGCUCAAGGAGUACACCUCCGUCUUUGUGCUCAACGGCUACGAGGAUCUGGAGCUGUUCAAGGAACUCGAGCCGGCCGAUCUGGACUAUCUGGGCAUACUCAACCAGGAGCAUCGCGCCAAGCUGCUGACGGCCGUGCAGCUGUUGCACGACAUUGAAUGCUCCGACAUGGACAUAGCCGGCUCCAGCUCGGAGAACGACGAGGCGCGCCUGAACAACAUCAACAAGAAGCACGGCGCCUCGCCCUUUGGCCGGCGACACUUUCCACGGGACUCCGGCUGCUACGAGGGCUCGCCGCUGCCCAGCUCCCAGACGCCCACGCAGACGGUAAACUCGACGGACGACUCGAACAGCCUCGACGACGUCGUCUCCAAGUGCUCCAGCGAGAUAAUGAAGCGCGUGGAGAGCGCGCGGCGCUGCAAGGAGAACCCGUUCAAGGCGACGCUGCCGGCGCGAGUCGGCAAGAAGUCCUUUCUUGGCGGCGGCAGUCUUAUGGGCGACGAUACGCUCACGCGUGGCGGCCUCAGCGAGAAGUCGAGCGACUCGGGCGUCAGCAGCAGUUCGCUAUCGUCGGGUCCGCUGAAGAGCAGCACUUAACAUUUGCCAACCAUACUCGCCCACGAGCUGCUGCUGGGCGUGGGCCAAGUGGGCGGCGGCAGCAGCGUGGGCGCCACCUCGCCCACCACCUCGGUCGCCUCGGCUGGCAUGCUGGGCUGUCCCAGCGGUGGCAUCGGCAAUGCCGGCCUGAAUGUCGCGGCGCCGCUUGGCAACAUCUGCAACACCCUGCCGCAUGCCCCGUCCGGCGGCAGCAGCACGAUGGGCCUCGCCAGCAAUCUGCCGCUGAACCGCAAUCUGGUGAUGUUGCGCAAUCAUUUGCGCAAAAAUACAAGUGGAAAUGCAUCAGCCGCACUGCAGGACGACAAGGAUCAAUAACAACCCAUUUAUUACAUACAGAUUUUAGUUUAGGUUCUCGAUACUUCAGUUAGAUAUAUGUAUGUAUUUCAAUUGCUGUGAUUCGAUAGUGAAAAAAGGCCAAGACGCGUCUUUCAGUUCAAAUGUAUAGUGUAUAGAGACAGAUAGAUAGCAACAGAGCGUGAGAGAGAUAGAGAGAAAGAGAGAGAGAGCGAGAGAGUGAGCACAUUAAGCAAAGUCAGUUAGUCAGUCAAUCCUUCCUCCGAUAAUGUUGGCAUUUAUAUAUAUACUCUUACAUAUAUAUAUAUAUAUAUAUUUACAUAUAUAUAUAUGUAAACAGACAGAGCUAUAUACUUAGUAAUUGUAAUGUAAUCAAAUCGUUUAACUAUUUUUAGUUAGCCUGAUGUAAAAAAAAACAAAAACAUUUUCUCAUUUGCCAUUUUUUGCCAAUUGCUUUCUAUGUAUAUUUCGCAACGUGAUAUUGUCAAACGUCCAACUUGAAUUGCAGUUUUUAAUCGAUGAAACCACAUUUUAAUUAACACGAGGGAACGGGCCGAAGAUAUUUCUAUCUAUAAAUAACUCAAGUUGAUUCCUAUAUUUAUGGCACAACGGCUGCCGGCAAUAGACCAAUUACAUUUUAAAACCAAAAUAUUUACACGAAGCAAACGAAUUUGCCAAUAUUUAUAAUUCUCUAAAGAGAAACUUGAUUGAAUUUUAAGUAUGAAAAUCACACACACACACACGCAUGUACACUCACAUCAUGAUGUAUCCGUCAAAGUUGUAUAUUUGGGAAAAUCAGCUAAGGGAAAAUUGUAUGCUAAGCAAUAUAAAUUGGUAAACGUAGACUCCGGACAAGCGAGCUGUAUAUAGUAGAGGUAUUCUUGUCACGGGAGUGUCCAUGAAUGCCAUUUAACAGUUA